GUCUUGUCAUUCAUAUGCGAGCACGUUCGACGACACGAAGGAAUGCCCGCAGAACCGAACAGCACCCUCACCCAGCCCGCAAUCUAACGCCCUCGCGCGCUCGGCCGGCCAGACAGCUUCACCUCCCGUGCCCGAGACCGUAGUUGAGUCCGCCUGCCACUGCGUGUGUGCCCGCCGCCGCCAUGACGCUCGUUGCCGCCAACUCGUCGCCCGCCGCGGCUCGCAAGUCCGGGUCUGCGCCGGAAAAGAAGUACAAGUGUCAGUUCUGCAAUCGCGCCUUCAGCAGGAGCGAGCAUCGCAGCCGGCACGAACGAUCGCACACCAAGGAACGUCCGUUCAAAUGCCACAAAUGCCGCAGCACCUUCGUGCGCCGCGACCUGCUGCUGCGACACGACCGCACCGUCCACGCCAAAGAUGGCGGCGUGCCCCUCACCAGCGAAGUCAAGCGCCGCGCCAACACGAAGGCGCCCGAGGUCGCGCUGCCGGGCCCCUCCAAGGCGUCGAUGCCCAUGGACACGGCCACGCUCGAGCAGAUCGAGGCCAGCAGCGAUGAGAUGGUUGACAUCGAGACGGCCGCCAUGCUGAUGAAUGACUUCCGCCAGAAGGCGAUGGCAAGCCAGGAGCCAGAGAUCGCCACCGAGGCGCCCGACACCGUCAUCUCGCCGAACGGCCCGUCGCUGCUGGAGCCGCCCGUGGCCUAUACCGCGCCGGGACAGAUGUCGCUGCCGCAGAUGCCCUGGGGCGACUCAAUGGUCCCGCACACCGUCGGCGAGUCCAAGACACACUCCAUGGCAGCCGCUCCACAGGAUACGCAUCCCGCGUUCAACAGCGCCAGCGCCCUCAGCUCGCAUCCGCAUCAGCUGCCCCCUCUAAUGGAACGCUCAAUGUCGGGGAGCGAUUCGUUGGGGCCCAACUUUCAGUCGAUGAACAGCUCUGUGCCCGGGAAUGGCCUCGGUACGCCUGGUGCUCUCUCGCCGUACCCUUCCAUGCUCGGUCCCGUCUCGCCCGUCGACUAUCGUAGGUCCCCAGGUCCUAGCCAGGCUCUGACGAUGACGAAAGCGCCUCAGGUAGAGUCGGAUGAGCAGUGCGCGAAGAUCUACGAGAACAUCAAGCAGUACGACAGCGAGAACGCUCUUCUGGACACCUUUCAUCUGCCGAGCCUCAACACCCUGAACCGGCUGCUCAAGACGUACUUUGACCUGUUCCAUCACCACCUGCCGUUCCUGCAUCCCGCGACAUUCCAGCCAACCGAAGUGUCUGCGCCGCUGCUCCUAGCCGUCCUCUCGAUCGGUGCUCUGUACAUUUUCGACCAAGACCAAGCAUACAUGCUUCACAUUGGCUCAAAGGUCCUCGUCAACCAGUUUCUACAGAAUAAGGAGAACUUCAGCUCGAGAAAGUGCCCGCUGUGGACCAUGCAGGGCACGCUGUUGAACAUGAUCUUCGCCAGCUGGAGCGGCGAUCCUAAGGGGCUCGAGUGGGCUUGUUCCAUUAAGAGUCUUCUGGCUAACAUGGUUGCCGGGAACCGGUACGAGCUCAAGCUCCGCUCCGAAGCACGCGAAGGUGCUCAGCCUAGCCACGAGGAGUGGGUCGUCGAUGAGCAGUGCCGACGAACCUACUACGCAGUUUACAUUUUCUUUGGGCUACUCACUCUGACGUACAACCACACGCCAGCGAUGGGGUUCAACGAGUUUGACACACUUGAGCUGCCGUCAUCAGAGUCUCUGUGGACGAUGGAUGUAUCGGAUGAAGAGUCGUGGCGUGAAAGCCUGGCUGCUUCCAAAAUCAUCACCUUCCGGCAAGCACACGACAACCUCUUCCAGGGCGACCCGGCUCGCUACAGUGCGUUCGCAACUCGCGUCAUGAUCAAUGCUCUCUUCCUCGAGGUCUGGUACCACAAGCGGAGUCCGGAGGCGCUGCAGGAUGUGGUGACCGAGUACAAGCUUAGGCUCGCUUUGGAGACCUGGGAGAAGUCGCUUGAGCUAUGCGAGCCCGAGACUGUCGUGGUCCAGCUCAGCGCGCCACACAAAGGCCACCCGCUGAUCUUUAACGCCAUGGCCAUGUACAGGAAUACCAGGGCGCGCCUCGUCGUAGAUCUCAAGUCCAUUCAGGAAGCUCUGCGCUACCACGAUUCGUAUGAAGUCGCCGCCGCGAUGACCAACGCUCGCGACAAGGUCCAGCGAUCCCAAGAAAUGAUCAAGGUCAUCCAAGAAUGCUUCGAUUGCAUCGAAGUCGCCGCUGUGCAAGGCAUUCGCUGGGUUGCACGCACCUCCGCCACUAACUGGAGCAUUGAGCAUCCCCUUACCGGAAUGGAUCUGAUGGUCAUCCUCACCCUCUGGCUCUAUCGCCUGGAACAUGACGAAGAGCCCGCAACCGAGGAAGAACUAGCCAUGUAUAACAAGCUCCGCAACCUGUUCGACGAUGACUCUGUGGAUGUGUAUGGAGCAAAGCUGAGCUCCACAGUAGCACGUCUUUGGGGAAGCAUGAUCGAUGAGGUUGUAGUUUGGGGCAUCACCAAGCUUAUGGGCGAAGCCUUCAAGCUGCAUUCUCAGGCUCUCGUGGGCUACGAAGACGCCAUGUCAUCUCGCUCGGGCUCCGCCACACCGUCAAUGGCUGCUAGCGGCGUCCAAGUACUAGAGAUGCAAAUGGCGUACUAGAGCGCUGUAACACAGCGACCGCUUGCUUGACGACUUUCACGAUCUUCCUUUCUUGUCUCCACUUCACACUAGACUGGGCCUUUCGUCUCUCGUCAUCUCUCUGCAUCGGGGAGCAUGGCCAGGAGUUCGGAGUGUUCCCUUUUCGUUUCUGCUGCAUAUCGGGUGCGGUAAUCUCUUCC